AUGUCAAAUGUCGAUUUAUCUAGCGACGGCUUCAUCGGCCUGGACUAUGACUCGAGGAAUUACAUCGCUUCGCAGUCCUGGCCGGUAGCCGUCGACCAGCAGUCAGCCCACCGGCCUGAAGAUGCCCGCGACAUCUCCCCGUUGCAGACCACCGGUCACUCCUUUGAACCUUCAGAUCCCAACCUCAUGGUUGACUGGCAAUUUCACCAUCUGCAACCCCAUCUUCAGUAUUCCCCCGAGGAGGCCUCCGCGGCCGCAGCCGCCGCCGCCCAGUUCACCACCUCCAGCUAUGGCAUGCCCAUCCAGUCGUCCCCCGUCGAUCUGAUGGCCGCCCCGCAGGGCCAGAUGAGUGCGAGCCUGCUGGACGGCCCCUAUCUGCCUCUCGCGGGGCCCGUGGACAUGGUCCCCUUCUCCUACCAGGACCUGCACGCCGACCUGAUGUCCUUUCCGGACGGUCUGUCCCACAUGCCCCCGUAUACGGCGGGGCCCCAGAACGUCCUCGACAGCAGCUCUCCCACCGACACCUACCUUGAAGUCCGCUCGUUGACGAGCACGAGCAGCGACAAUGGCUGGGCCACCAUCGAGCGUCGCUCGGCCGACUACUCCUUCCCGGAUCAGGGCAUCUUCAUCAACCCCACUCAGACGCUGCAUGACCGUAGUCUCUCCGAGUCGUCCUAUUCGACCUCCUACAGCAGCUUCGUGGAUAUUGCCAACCCAAUCAACUCUCCGGGCUCGGAUACCAACUUUGAUGUUGCCUUCACCAACCCCAUGACCCGCCGCGUUUCUUACGACCACACCUCGCAUGGCUCCCAAUCGCCCACCGCGGUCAGUCCCGUUGCCAUCGUGCGCCCCAUCCCCGUCCCUGUGAAGAAGUCGUCCUCGCCCACGCGGUCGUCCGGGUCACAGGCGUCGUCAGCGUCCCCGCCGAGCCGGAGGCCCUCGCGGAAGAGCCCCAUUGCGGCCAAGACUGCCGAAACCAAGGUGCGCAAGCAGUCCCAGAACGGCAAGCCCGAGACCGAGAAGCGCAUUGGAAAGCGGAAGGGUCCGUUGAAGCCCGAUCAGCGGAAGCAGGCGAGCGAAAUCCGCAAGCUGCGCGCGUGUCUGCGUUGCAAGUUCCUCAAGAAAACGUGCGACAAAGGUGAGCCCUGUGCGGGUUGUCAACCGUCCCAUGCGCGGUUGUGGCAGGUGCCCUGCACGCGCAUCGACAUCAAGGAGAUCGGCUACUUCAUGAAGGACUGGAAGGCCGACUACGAACGUCAUAUCAGCAUGGGAUUCUCUGUGGGCAAUAUCAAGGGCUUUUCCGAGCACGAGCGACUCCUCUUCAUCACCCAUGGUUACGGCCAGGUCCUCCCCAUCAAUGCACGGGAGGUCUACGUCCACAACGAGCAGUGCUUCAGCGUGGACUGGGUGGAGACCAUGCGGCGGGAGCCCACAGAGCACGAGGUGGAAACCGCCAAGCUGUCUGCCGGUAUGGAGGGAAUCUCGCAACCCAUGUUGUCGGAUUACCUCGACCGCCACAUCGAUGGCAACGGCACCUUUGAGAAGUUCGUGGACGACUACUUCGAGGGGACCCCGUUCCUGACGCAGAUGCUCAAGACGGCGUUCCGCUACUACUUCCGCACGAAGCUGCCGGUCAUCCGCAAGGCGCUGAAGCUCAUCAUUGCCUACAACCUGACGCUCCAUGUCACCCUGGUCGAGGGCCUUGGGGAGGAAGAAGGCCUCCUCGGCAAGAUCGAGGACGAGUCGUCCAAGUUCCGGGGCAAGACCAUGGCCCCGGUGAUGAUUAACUUCCAGAUCAAAUGUGCCAUGGCCAACAUGUGGCGUGAGCUGCAGAAGGAUGUGUUGGAGGAGCUUUCGGCUCUCUACUCCAGCGUGUACAGCGGCGACAAGCUGAAGAACUGGCCGACCAUCUUUAUCCUGGCGUCGAUUCUGUUGGCGGUGUGGGAGGAGAUGCAGUUUGACAGCCACUACCGUACUCCGGAUGCGGCGGCGGUCGACAAGUUCUGCAGCGACAUGGAGACGACACCCGUGGGGGUGAUUGUGGGCCUGUUCCAGGCGAUCUCGCAGAAGCUCCCCGCGUUCACCGAUUGGGAGACGCAGAAGCACCACCACCUGCUGCACUCGAACCCGGACGUGUGCACCACGAUGACGGAAGUCCGUCAGCAUGUCACUCAAUAUGAGAGCUAUCUGCGCGGUCGCUCGGCCUCGAAGUUCAACCGCAACGACUUUGACUGUCUCUCGAACAAGUUCCUUUCGCGACUGGUAAUUCGCGCCAACUAA